AUGAGGUCCCUAAGCAACAGGCAGAUGGGGCCCAGGGGCCCCGCUGGAGUGGAUAGGGCCAUCUCGCAGCGUUCUACACGUCGCCUAGCGCUCAUCCGGGCUCACCAGCAGCACAAGGUGGAUGUAGAGUGCAGCACCAGCACUUCUGUAGCCUCUUCGCAGCAGCAGCACCCGCGGCGAGCGCUGCUUGGCCUCGCCGCUGCGGCUGCGGCAGCUGCCAUCACCCUUCAGCCGCUGCCCGCGGCGGCGGACGCGCUCGCGGCCGCCUCCGUGCCGGCGGACGCCACGCCCUACCUUUUGUCGACGGGCGCCAAGGGGCUGCUGGCUGAGGAGGAGGCACGGCUGCUGCAGCUGAGGAAGGAGCUGGAGGCACAGGUGCGGAAAGAGAUAGAGCUGGAGCGCGCCGCAGCAGAGAAGGAUGCGCAGUCGUCCGCGGUGGGCAAGCUGUGUGCGACGCCCUAUGGCGUCGACAUCGUGGGCAUUACAGAGUUCAUCGCCCUGGUGGGGGCCCUGGUCGGAGGCAUCACCGCGCGCCAGCGCAAGAACGAGCUGGAGCGGCUCAACGAGCAGCUGCGCAAGGUGAACAUGAGUCUGCGGCAGCAGGCGCGGGCGGGCAUGGUGUAUGCCCCCGGCCUGACCUACGUGCCCCCCACGGCGGCGCCCGGCAGCAGCAAUGGCAAUGGCAACGGCUACGCGCCCGCCGCGCCCGUGGUGGCCGUCGCGGCGCCCGCAGGCGCGGCGGUGACGGUCACGGCGCCGCCGAAGCCGAAGGCACUGGAGGCGGCGGCGGCGCCGGCGGCGGGGGGCGCGGUGCAGUCGCUGUUUUCGAUGGAUGAGGACGAGAUGACCUCUGAUCAGAUCCAGUGCAGGGACUCGCUGCGCGCGGGCAAGCGUCUGCUGAAGGAGAAGAACGGCGCCGCCGCCAUGGUGCGUUUCGAGAAGGCGCUGAUGCUGUCCAAGGCGCUGGAGGACAAGGUCCAGGAGCGGCGCGCCAUGCGCGGCCUGGCGGCCUCCGCGCGGCUGCAGGGCCAGUACAAGGCGGCCAUCAAGCACCUGGAGAGGGUGCUGGAGAUCUCGCGGGAAAUGAAGGAGUUUACGGGCGACGCCGACGCGUACGGCACCAUCGCGGACUGCUACACGGAGAUGGGCGACUUUGAGCACGCGGCGGUCAACUAUGACAAGUACAUUCGAGUGAUGAACACCGACGGCCCCGUCUGA